ACCGAUUCUGGGUUUGCCAUGAGGUACUGUAACUCUGUUUUUAAUUAGCUUACCUGGGGCUUUGGAUCCCUCAAUGACGUAUCUGUUCUCCGGUGAUGCGGUCGGUGUUGUCCCUUGUCUCCGAGUCUCUUCCUGAAGAUGUACGGUUUCUUGCUCCGUUUUUCUAGCUUGAGGAGCUGACAGAAGCGAACACACAUGAGGAGGAGGAGCCUUGGCGCGAAACGCUAGCUCUCUUCUAAGAGAGCGAAUACAGUAUUCUACCGGACUGUCAUCGCGAGUGGAGAUCACACAGACAUUUACCAGGGUGCAACAGGCUGACCAACAAAACGAAUCAGCAUUCAGAGAAUCUGUGAGGAUGUUUAUUGCACAGCUACUGGGAUGUGUGCUUCUCUGCUCUCACCUGAUUGGCUGUGUGGCUCCAGGGGGUGUGGCCAGAGACAGAAGCUCUCUGACCCUGCAGCAGACCACAGGGGUCAAGGUUCACACAGGAGGACGGCUGAUGCUACCGUGUGGGAACCAAGCACAUACAGACAUGGUCCAGUAUUGGCACACUCCUUUUGGCCAGGUCCAGAACAACAGCUCCCAUGGCAACAAGGACAACCCUGUAGUGAUGCAAAGUGACGGCAGUCUGAAGAUAAACACUGUCACUCAGCACCACGUUGGUCUCUACUACUGCCUCCUGCAGGACACAGAGGGAAUUACACUGCACCCAUACCGGCUACACACUCUCUCAGACCAGCAUGACCACAGCAGACCCCAUCUGGACUGGAAAGAACAUGGUCAACCACCUGACCGUGUGGUUCCACCCCUCCUGAUCCAGAGUGGUGGAGGCCAGCAGGCCCAGAGUGGUGGAGGCCAGCAGGCCCAGAGUGGUGGAGGGCAGCAGGCCCAGAGUGGUGGAGGGCAGCAGGCCCAGAGUGGUGGAGGGCAGCAGGCACAGAGUGGUGGAGGCCAGCAGGCCCAGAGUGGUGGAGGGCAGCAGGCCCAGAGUGGUGGAGGGCAGCAGGCCCAGAGUGGUGGAGGGCAGCAGGCCCAGAGUGGUGGAGGCCAGCAGGCCCAGAGUGGUGGAGGGCAGCAGGCACAGAGUGGUGGAGGGCAGCAGGCACAGAGUGGUGGAGGCCAGCAGGCCCAGAGUGGUGGAGGCCAGCAGGCCCAGAGUGGUGGAGGGCAGCAGGCCCAGAGUGGUGGAGGGCAGCAGGCACAGAGUGGUGGAGGGCAGCAGGCCCAGAGUGGUGGAGGGCAGCAGGCCCAGGCAGUCAGACCACCGAGGAGUGUGGAGGGUCAGUGUGAGGAGGAAGAGGAGGAAGGAAGGAGUGGUGCCAUUGUGUCAGACGGACAGUUUGCAGGGGCGGUGGCGGCGUCCGUGGUGGUGACAUUCCUGGUAGGGUUCAGCUCUGGCGCCCUGAGCAGAGCUCCCCUUCUAAGGUGCAUGAGAGGGACCCGAGAUAAGAUGCGCUCCCUCGGCCGACGUCGCCGUCAAACCACAGUCCCAGACCACCACACGCGGGUUACCAUGGCGACCCUGCCCUACCCGUGUGACGACGGGGUAUUCCGGACAGAUGGGGAGUCGUCCUUAACGACAGCUCCGCCCGCCAAGCCUCAAAGAAGCUUCCGGAGAGGGAAGGAAGAGGUGCCAGAGGCCGCCACCUAUCUUGAGGGAUGCAGCGGGAGAGAGGCUAAUGGGAGGAGAGACGGCGCGGAGGAGCGUGAGGAGCAGAGAGACAGUGGAGGAGAGAGGGGGGAAGAGGAGGAGGAGGAGGGGGGAAAGAGUGGAUGGAGGAGAGAAAACGAAGGAUGGGUGGAGGAGAGUGGACGUGGGGGUAGUUACUCAGGAGGAGGAGCGAGUGAACCUGAGGAGGCGGGGUUACAGCCAGAUGAGAGAAAGGAGGAGAGAGGAGAGCAGGAAGAGAAGUCAGACGGAGUGGACGAUGAGGGGGUGUGCUCUCCGCCAAGGCCAGCGCGACGCAGCCGGGUGAUUCGCCUAUACCAGUACGACGAGGAGGGGCAUCGCUACGGUCACCUGACAAACUCUGCCCCCUCGGAGACAGGCCCCGCCCCCAGGUCUAAGCAGCGCUCGCUCUCCCUCACUCGGCUCAACGCCAUCAUGGCGGCGGCUGCUGCCAACCCGCUAGACCCUCCCGGCAGAGACGCCGGCGAGGAGAGAGACGCAGGGGAAGGGGGCGGAGCCUCUCCAGAACAGGAGAGACCGGUCUUCAAAAUGGACAUAUGAGGUAGAAGCCACAAUACAGAAGAUGGCAAAUAGGAUACGAUCAGAGAAACACUGAGAAAACAGCACUAGAAUAUACACACUUGAUAAUAUAUUCAUAAUAUUUAAAGAUUUCCACAGCACCCCCACAUAUUGAAUACUUUG